AUGACCACCCCGAUGUCGCUCAAGGUGCUCUACACCGUGGAUAAAGAAGCCAGCCCCUAUCUGACCCGCAGCAAGGCUCCCGUAGAGGUGCGAGUCGAACAAAUUGCCAGUCCCAGCAACGAUGGAUCUCAAAUAAAGGUCGGCGUGGUGGUGCUGAGCGAUGUUCUGGACGAAAUCUGCGCUUCUUCGCCCGAACUGUUCAGUCCUGGAGCCGACACCAGCAUCGAUUACAACGUGUACUGCCGAGAUAUAUGUGAGAUUGACGAACCGCUGGUCAGUUACGGCCUUUUGUCGAGACUGCGAGAAGACUCGCAACCAACAGCCAGCGCAUCGAAUGCGGCGCCAGACGCAAACUGGCAUCUAGUCAUGGGACGGGUUUGCUCAAAUUUCUCGGCGAUGCUCCGCUUCCAAAACACGGAUAACUCGGCCUCUCAAAACCAACUUCAACAAACGCUUGAAGUCAAACUGCGAUUCUCACAGGUUGCAACAGCCAACUCGUCGCGAAGAUCUAGCAUUUCCGGUAACUCCUCGGCGGUUCCAAUGAUCAAGAAAACGUCAUCCGCGAGCACUAGCGGUACCGUGGGCAGGAGGCCGACAAAAGCCACCGAACUUGGGAAACCCAACGAAACGGCCGCCCCUGUCAUGGUGAAACGGCAAACGAAUCCCAAGCCGGCUCCAAAAGCAGUAAGAGCCCAGUCUCUGCCGAUUUGGAACCAGAAUAAGAAUAACCAAUUUGCAUUGCCAGCGAACUCAAUUGCUCAUAAGAUAUACCUGGCUGACCGUGCGGCUAAAGAAUCUGACCUGCACCUGCGAUCAGACCAGGACAAAAAACCUGUUUACCAAAUAAGCAGUCUACAACAAGACAAUACGGUACAAAAGACGAAAAUUGACGAUUCCGUGAGCAAGCGGUUCGAUUUCAUUACCAAAAAGAAAAGCAAGAUGGGCAAACCAAGCAUCAAGAAACCAGUUUCCAAGUCCAAGUCGAGCACCACCAAGAAAGGGCGGAAGGAUAGUGUACCGAAUACGAGCACGCCAAUUACAAGCAGCAUAUCAGCCAGCAACAAAAGCGAUGAAGUCGACGAAUUCAAGCUGCUGAGCGAUGAUGAUCUGGUCCAACAGCUGCUGGGGAAACAAAAGGGGAAACCCCUAGACUUUUUCGAGGCCGAAAGAUCGGAGAAACAUGAUGAGACUGACAAUAAAGAGAAUGUUCCUCCCCGCAUGACACCCGUCGCCUCCCGCUUCGAAGACUUAAUUGGUAUGGACUUCCCGUCUUCAAGAACGCCGAGCGAUAUCGAAAAGGCGCUCAGCAAUCCAAAAAGUGACGAUCCGAUGGAAUGGUUCAAUGACCUUUUCGGCUCUCCUAUCCUCAGCCAAAAAGCAGUUACUCCCACCAAGGAUCCCCUGACUUGUAAUACUAUACCAAUUGACGAAGAUGAUGAAGCCACCAAGCCACCGACCAGCGAUAUCGACAGGACUUCCCCGAUGGAUACACUCUCCAUGCCUCUGUAUGAACUAGGGCAACGCAAGCAGGUUUUGACUAAUAAAGCGGUUCUUUCCUGUAAGGAUCAACUGCGAAGAUUGCCAUUGCUCUCAAGAUCUCACAUCGAAGCCCAAGGCCACGACCGAGAGGACGACGCCACGUCGGUGCUGAAUUUUUCGACGUCGCCAAAGGCCAGUCACGACUCUGCCAACGCGGGCACAAAAAGACGGGCGCCCGUCUCUUCGCCACCUAUUGAUGACGAAGACUACGUGAAUACGUAUAUGCAGGAAACUCGCAGAAAGCGCAGGGCUAUACCAUCGUCUCCAACUUCAAUGUUUCAAUACCAAGGAGUGGAAGGAGACGGGGUCCUGCCCCACGAUCAUACGCUCCAAAACGAGGAGUUUUCAAUUCAACAAGGACCGGAUGGUGGCGACAUGGACUCGACACCCGCAACACAAUAUAGAUCCAGCGACGGCGAAAACACAAAACAUGAUCAUGACGCACCGGUGAUCACUAAUCGGCAAUUCUCACAUAUUCAGCAUUUAUAA